AUGCCURCAGGGCCAACAGCUAUGGGAUGUUUCCAACCAACUGCUUUACAGUGCCAUGUGGGGGAAGACCACAAGGUGGGAAGGUCUGAUCUUCACCACCUGAGCUGGGCUCUCAUCGCCCCUCUCAGCAGGGAAAAUCCAGAACGGACCUUYGAUUUGGUACUGAAGGUAAAAUGCCAAACGUCUGAAAAUGAAGAUCCAGUGGUACUGUGGAAGUUCCCGGAGGACUUUGGAGACCAGGAAGUGUUGAACAGCGUUCCSAAGUUCUGCUUUCCUUUUGACAUUGAAAGGGUGUCCCAGAACCAAGUAGGACAGCAUUUCACCUUCGUGCUGACGGACAUUGAAAGCAAGCAAAGGUUUGGGUUUUGCCGCCUGACGUCCGGAGGGAAGGUCUGCCUCUGUAUCCUGAGUUACUUACCGUGGUUUGAGGUAUACUACAAGCUGUUAAAUACCCUGGCAGAUUAUUUGGCUAAAGAACAGGAAAAUGACUCGAAUGAUUUGCUAAAAUCAUUGUAUAGCCAUCCUGUGCCAAAGGCAAACGCUCUUGUCAGUUUAAGUGUGAACCAAGAGAUGAUUUUUGCAAGUGAGCGAGUUUUGAAAAAUCAGCCUUUUCUUGUCUCGCACUCAUACUUCAUUACUCCUGAUAUAACUGGAUUGCCAACAAUCCCUGAAAGUAGAAACCUCACUGAAUAUUUUGUGGCUGUGGAUGUGAACAACAUGCUGCAACUUUAUGCCAGUAUGUUGCAUGAGAGACGAAUCAUUAUUACCUCUAGCAAACUAAGCACUUUAACUGCUUGYGUUCAUGCGUCAGCUGCGUUGCUAUAUCCCAUGUAUUGGCAGCACAUUUACAUCCCAGUGCUUCCUGCCCAUCUUCUGGACUACUGCUGUGCACCAAUGCCGUAUCUAAUUGGCGUCCACUUAAGCCUAAUAGAGAGAGUAAAAAACAGAUCCCUGGAAGACGUGGUUUUGCUAAAUGUUGACACAAACAUUCUAGAAACCCCUUUUAAUGACCUGAACAACCUACCUAGUGAAGUGGUCUCGGCCUUGAAAAAUAAACUGAAAAAGCAGUCUACAGCUACGGGCGAUGGAGUCGCAAAGGCCUUUCUUCGGGCACAGGCAGCACUGUUCGGAUCCUACAGAGAUGCACUAAGAUACAAACCAGGAGAACCUAUCACUUUUUGYGAGAACAGUUUUGUAAAGCAUCGUUCCAGUACUACUAAACAGUUCCUGGAAGCGGCUGUUAAUCUUCAACUAUUUAAACAGUUUAUUGAUGGUCGACUAUCAAAAUUAAAUGCAGGAAGGGGAUUCUCAGAUGCUUUUGAAGAAGAAAUCACAGCAGGAGGCUUUUGUGGAGGAAAUUCAAGAUCUUAUCAGCAGUGGAUGCAUACAGUAAAGAAAGGUGGUGCACUGAUCAAUACAGCGAUGACCAAAGCUACUCCGGCUGUGAAAACAGCAUAUAAAUUUGCAAAAAAUCAUGCAAAGCAAGGAWUAAAAGAAGUGAAGAGUAAGUUGAAACACAGGGAGAGUGAGGAAGAGUGUGGAAGUUGCAGCUCCGGUGCCGUUCGGAGUGCUCCUGUCUACACAUUGCAUAACGAGAAAAGAGGAAACUCGGAAAAGCGGAGACUUGCGCAGACACGUUUUAACCAGCAUCUCAGUAACCAUGAUUUUGCAUUGGAUGAAGAUGAUGAUGGAAUGGACAGAACAAGCAAGUUAUCAUCAGAAGACAGUGAGGAAGCUUCUGCUUAUCUCUAUGACAGCGAUGAUUCUGGAGAAACUGGAGUACCUCCUCAGAACCAAGGAGAAAUGGACUUGCUUGGRGAAAUUUUGGACACCCUGAGCACACAUAGUUCAGAUCAAGGAAAGCUCUCAGGAGCAAAGAGCCUGGAUUUUUUCAGAUCAAUGGAUGAUAUUGAUUACAAGACCACGAACAAGUCUAAUGCACCCAGUGAGAGCAACCUCACCUUSCUCUGCAGCGGUAAUGACCAAGCAGACUGGCAUCUCGGUCAGGAUGACAGUGUCCUCCAUGGGAAACAGCUCCCUCCAUCACCAAGGAAGCAGGUUUCUUCUAGUGGCCAUAGAGAAUCUCUCUCCAAGCUGGAAGAAGAAAGUAGUGACCAAACCUUUAUUACUGACAGGAUGAAAGUCCCUCGUGGUUGUGUAACGACCCCAUCUCCAGUAGGAUCAAGUGCCCGGUUUGCUUCUCAAGGAGACUGUCGAGCAGGGUACUCGUCCUGUAAGUAUGCAAAGCAGAAUGCAACACUAAGCAAUACCUCAGAAGCCCAGCUCCCAGCAAGUCUUGCUCAACAUCCAUCCAUUCUGGUCCCGUGGGAAAAAGAUGGGAAAGGAGGAAAUGAAACCUCAGAAGAGGGUGGGCUUCUUCAAGAAGUGGUAUCAUUAUGUAAACUGACUUCUGCUUUUCAUUAUGGUUUAAAUAUUUCAAAAGAUAAUUUAUCCAGCAGUAGCAGUGGAAAUAAAACGUAAGAAAACUAUGACAAGAGAAACUUAAGUCCCAUCUGAAGUUAAAGGGGGACUACUCAGGACUCCAUAUAACUCCAUAAACAUGAUAACCAAAAGAAGAAAAAGGAAUGAGAUCUUCAGUUAUAAGAAUAAUUCUCUUCAGUUGAGUAUGUAUUUUCUGCCACUGAGACAUCAGCUUCUCUGUUUACCCACUUCAUUUGUUAGCUGUAGUUGAGUCCACCAGAUGGAACUAAGUGUAUGAAUGCACUCUUAAAUCAGGUACUAGUUAGUCUGUGUAGUAAGAAAUACAGCGGUGUAUGGUGCUUACUAGCAUUUACUUCCUCUGAGCAGCAGGAAAGGUAUCACCUGAAAGAUAACCAGGUCUUGAAGGUACUGUGUUCAUCCUAUUGAGCAUGAAAUGAACCGAACUAUUUAGUUUUCUCUGUAUUGUACAAAUGUUAAUAUUUGUAAUGAGUAAUUGCCUUAAUCUUUUGAGAAAAGGUUUAAGUAUCUUAGAAGAUGAAUGCAAAUGUGCAAAACAGCAAUAAUGAUUUUCCAUAGCAAGAACUUGCUUCAGCAAAGGGAAAAAAAAAGGAARCUUUUUUAGAUUAAAAAUUCUCUUGUGAAUAUACCUUGGAAUUUACUGCAAACUAAAACUGUGGCCCUGUCUUCCAGACUUCGGAAAGGUAGUGCAUGCUUUUCUCUUCUGUAAAGUACAUGAAGUGCUGAAUUAUAAUGUGAAGUUUAUUAACUUCUGUUUACAAC